AUACACUGUAAGAAGAGUUUGAUUGAAGAGCUCCUUGCAUCAAUAGUUACUAGUACAGAGUGCAGGUGAGUGCUUCUCCAUUUGACAGGAUGUGACAUAUUAUUCCAGUCUUAGGAACAGGUUGUUGUUGUUGUAUCACUUGGGUUGUUGAAAUAAGAGUUAACUUUAUUUGAUUAUAUACUUUGAACAUGCUGUAGAUUUGAGGUCAACAACUUCUGCAACAUGGGUGGUGGAUAUUCCUUAAUUGAUGGUGAGAUAUUUUUUAGCAAUGACAACCGUUUUGUAUGUAGCUGCAACUUAUUUGUAUGUAAAGGCACAAUGGAAAUGUUUCUCAUCCUUUGACUGGUUGUGUUCUCAUCUUUAGAUGUGAAGAGCACUGAGAAGAAGAAAAACUACAUCUCUGUCUUGGUUUUGAUUCUCUGUCUUCACUUUGGACUGGUGACACAGGUACCCUAAGAAAAAUACAACCUCAAACCUAAUAUUUCAUUUACCUAGUUUAGUUGAUUUACCCUGCUUAUAAUAAAUUAUGGCAAAUCAGGAAAUCAAGUUGAGUUAACAAAACGAGGCAAUAACAUUUGUUACAUUAUAAAGUAUAAGUUCAUACAACUUUACAUUUAACACCAGCAGGGUUCAUUUAUAUUUUUAAGUUGAACAAGUACUCAUUUUACAGAGAUAAGUUGAACAAGUACUCCUUUUACAGAGACAUAAUUUUAAAAAAUAGUGUCCCACGACUGUUUUUUCUGACAAGAAAAGAGUGUCCUUAAAUGUUAUGGGCAAUACCUGUGAAUAGGCUUCAUGUUGUUUUGACUACGCCCUGAGCUAUGCAGAAAAAACAAAUGUCUAUCAUAUUUUUGUCAUCCUGCUUUGGGACUUGGGCGGUGCUAUUAUUUUGUACUUUCAUUUUGCACAUUGACAUAAACCAACAGACAAACACACAAGUCUACUAUUGUUUUCCUCACAGUUGGCCUCACAAACUGCGGCCAAUAAGGGAUCGGUAGACAUUUUAUCACCCAAGCAAGGACCUGAUAGGUCUGUAAGGAGAAUGUCCCUAAAGAAUGUUACUGUUACAGAAGGAGAUUUUCCCACUGGACAUGGCAGCUGAUUCUGUUGACGACAAAUACGAUGUCUGCAGAGACGAAGCCUUUAAGAGAGUGGAGAGCUACUUCCUCCCACAUGAGAAGAACACCACCACUAACUUCAGAAGAGCCUGGGACAUUGCAGAGAAACAUGCCUCCACUCCAAAAGAUGGUCUGCAAAAAGUGCAUUCCAUCGCUAUGUAUUUGUACACAAAUAACAAACCCCAACCUCCAUCCGAAUCCAUCUACCUGAACUUCAACGAAGCAGUUAGAGAAGGCAGAUAUGGGUAUGGAACAUCAUUCCAGCACCAUUCCCUGCACUUCUAUCUAACUGACGCCAUUCAGAUUCUCAAACAAAGUCAAACAUCAUGUAGGACCACCUACCUUAGAACCAAUGUAACUUUUGAUCAGGAUGUUGUCAACAAAGAAAUGCGCUUUGGUUAUUUUGUCUCAAGUUCUAUACAUAAGACCUUAUACGAUUUUGGAGACACAUCCUGCUUUGAGAUCAACACAUGUUUUGGUGUUAACCUGACAUAUUACUCUGCCUGUGCAAACGAGGGGGAAGUUUUGAUUCCUCCCUAUGAGGUAUUCAAAGUCACCAACAUCCAGAUGAAGUCAGCAGUGAAUAACCUGUGGUGUAAAGUCGUCUACACUCUAAAGAGCACUGGAAAAUGGAAGAGUGACCUGAAUUGUAAAGCAAUAGAUACAGGCUACUGCUACAUAAAGCUAUUAACUAUGUUCAUAGUCGCAAUAGUGUUCAUAUAUUUACAAAACUAAAAUAGUGAUUUUGUCAGACAGCAUAGGCAGCAGCUCUGUAGAGAUUAGAUGAUUAUUUGGAAUGAAAGAAUAAAGUCAUCAAAUAAAAGAAAUGUAACAUACACAACAACUGAAAUAUUUUAUUAAAGAAAUGUGAAUAAAUGAUGGUUAAUAAGUGAUAAGCAGUAAUGGGAAGUCACUACUAUCAUGGGACUUUUAUUAAUUGUUUUAUUCUGUGUUUUUACAGAAUCCAACCCUUAUAACGCAUAGUGUAUUUAAUGUUUAAAAAAUAAUCAAAACCGAAAUCAGUUAUUAUUUUAUAAUAAUCUAACUGAAACCGAACCAACCUCAAAAAAGCACUAUUACCACAUAUCAUAGAACCAAAGUGUAAUUUGAUCAGAACAUUGUCAUCAAAGAAAUCGAUUUCGGCACCUUCACCUUGAGCACUCUAGGCAGGGGAAUAGGCAGAGAUUCAUUUGGAGCGACGUCCUGCUUUGAGAUCUCCACAUGUCUUGGAGCUGACAUAUCAUAUUACUCUGUAUUUGCUUGAGAGAGAGAAGUCUUAAUUCCUCCCUAUGAGGUAUUCACAGUGACCAACAUCCAGACGAAGUCACCAGAGAAUAAACUAUGUUGUGAAGUCGUCUACACACUAGUGAGCAAUAGAGUUCAUAAGAGCUGAACUGCAAAUUGGUGCCAAAAUAAAUCAGAAAAGCAGUUCAUUUUUAUUUUAAUCACAAUCAGCAGAACAGCCGAUACAGGCUUCAUAUUGCUGUUUAAUUAUGUUCUGUAUAUUACUGAUCAUUCCUCCCACCAAUGUACAAGGAGAAGUAAUCUGAAAAAAAGGUAUCUUUCUCAGCUCUCAGGUGUAACGAUCCUGUUAAAUGGAUAAACACGCAUUACUUUCUCAGAUUAAGAUUUUUGGAAAUAAUAUAAUGUAUGGUAAUAGAGUGAAAUUGAAUGUAAUUAAUUAAUUUGUCAUUUGAUUAUAUUUUUAGCAUGUGCACUCCAGCUUAUGUUGAAUAAAUAAAAACAUUGAACAUUAUUACAUCCCAUGUCCUAUAUAUCCACUACCUGUACAUCAAUUAUAAAGAGAUUAAUUUCAUCUCACUUGAAGAAAAUGAGUUUGUUCUCAGGUUGCAAUUAGAAUGGACUACAAAGAGAUUUAGAUUUAAGGAAAGAUUCAAAGAUCUUGACAAAUGAAACCUGAAGCUUCAAUCGUCACAUCUGAGUGAGAUUGUGGCUAACAUGGUAAAUCUUUACCCAUUAUUCAACAUAGUUGUACAAAGAAAUUAAACUUAGUUAUGGCUUUGAAAUGAACUUGAGGCCAAAGAUUUGAAUUGUAACCAGAGUGAUAAGAGAAGAGGAAACUGUCAGAGGGAGAUGGGAGGGAGGGAGAGCAGGAGCAGGGUUAGUAGUUUCCUGUGUCUGUGAGGUCAGAGGGAGAUGGGAGGGAGGGAGAGCAGGAGCAGGGUUAAUAGUUUCCUGUGUCUAUGAGGUCAGAGCUCAAUACUGCUCAAUCUAUCAACCACACCGAGGAUAGGACGGUCUCGUUCCAGGCCGCCUAUUUUGAAGACAGGCUGCAGCCAUUAAGACAUGGCUGCUGGCCAAGUCAUCGACUGUGCUGUUGGGCAUCAGAUUGCUAUAGCAUUUGAUUUGGUUAGCUGAUAUGUUAAACAUCUAUCUAAGAGAUGUGACAUCUGGCAGGCAACUUCAAUGUAGUCAGCCUGGAACGUGGCCAACCUCAUGAGUGGGGUUGGAAGAGAGAUGAGGAGUGACUCAGUUACCAAGAAGCUUUCAGCAGCCAUCAUGUUGACUAGCAGAGACAACAGAGGCCAUAGGGUGGCAGUGAACCGUCAUAACAACCUACUGACUAAACUGGUGUUUUGACAUUAACUGUUGCUUUGACACAAAUACAAAACACAAUAUAUCUAAGAGAUGGAAAAUACAAUGAAUAUCUUAUACAGUAAUGAUGACACCUGCAUAGUUACAUCUGGGAAACUGAAUGACAUUUAUCUUUGUCAGGUUGUUUGUGUUGUGGUUUGCACCAAACUCAGCCUGAUGAUGACUGUGUCACACCUUCAAGAGGGCCUCAAACUUUAGUGUGGAUUCUGGGGGGGAAAAUAUCACAAGAAAAUAUACCUGUUAGUGGGAAAGAGAUCAACAGUAGUCAGAAGUCACCCUGAUGAUUGACUGAUGACUGGUAUCAUUCCACAUUUGAUCAAAUUUAUAUAAUAUUUUAUGAAAUAUUUAAAUGGACAAUGAAGAUGUUCUAUUAUAUUCUAGUGUGUCCUUGUGUGUUUGUGCCUUGGGCUUUAGUGUUUGUGGUUUGAAGGGAACACUACUGUAUGUGCACAAAUAACUAACCCAAACCCAUCUACCUAGACUGUAUUAGAACACAGAUAACUAACCCAAACCCAUCUACCUAGACUGUAUUAGAACACAGAUAACUAAUCCAAACCCAUCUACCUAGACUGUAUAAGAACACAGAUAACUAACCCACACCCAUCUACCUAACUGUAUUAGAACACGAUAACUAACGCAAACCCAUCUACCUAGACUUAUUAGAACCAGAUAUCUAACCCAAACCCUCUACCUAGACUGUAUAGAACACAGAUAACUAACCUAAACCUAUCUACCAUAGACUGUAUUAGAACACAAUAACUAACCCAACCCCAUCUACCUAGACUGUAUUAGAACACAGAAAACUAACCCAAACCUAUCUACCUAGACUGUAUUAGAACACAGAUAACUAACCCAAACCCAUCUACCUAGACUGUAUUAGAACACAGAUAACUAACCCAAACCCAUCUACCCAGAUUGUAUUAGAACACAGAUAACUAACCCAAACCCAUCUACCUAGACUGUAUUAGAACACAGAUAACUAACCCAAACCUAUCUACCUAGACUGUAUUAGAACACAGAUAACUAACCCAAACCCAUCUACCUAGACUGUAUUAGAACACAGAUAACUAACCCAACCCAUCUACCCAGAUUGUAUUAAAACUAACCCAAACCCAUCUACCUAGACUGUAUUAGAACACAGAUAACUAACCCAAACCUAUCUACCUAGACUGUAUUAGAACACACAACUAAACUCAUCUAUCUCCUCUCUGAAGUGUGCAUGUGUAACAACUUUAAUUUGACCUUGCACUCCUUCUAAAUAAUGCCAUUUUUAGGAACUUUCUCAAAUGGUCAAGAAUACAUCAUUUAGUGCAUUCUGUUCGUAACAGAUUCUAGUUUUGGGAACAGAAAACUGUAUUGAGAUCAAAUGUUUCAUCGAUUAAGAAAUGAGCAGAAUGUUGGCCCAGUUUCAUCUCGCUCCAUCUUCUCCCACUGCUGGCCACUGGGCUUCCUCUCAUCACCAUAUUUGGUAGUGAGUGGAAGCCCCCACCGGAUGCUUCAGGUUUUUACCCCAUGUGACACAUCAGUGUUUCCCCUUUUACAUGUGCUAGGACUGUAAUGCAAGGUGUACUCAGGGCUAAAGUCACCAAGGACCAGAAACACCAGUGAUCUGUCAUACAUGGGUGGUUCCAUAAAAACAAAACCUGUUUUGCGAAUUGACAUAACAACAGAAAACACAAAAGAAGAGGAUUAAGAGGUUUUGCUCAUAACUUGGCCUCACAAAAAAGGAUACCGUAACGUUGAGUGACCAGAACUGAAGUAACAGGUAAGAAUGUAAUAUAUGUACAUAACACCUGUACACCCAGUUUUCUACAGAUUAUUUCACGUGCAAAAGACACUGAAAAGUAAUGAUUAAAGAAUGAUAAUAGUAGUAACUUUGCCCUCUCACAGAGUAUAACACUGGCUUAUGAGUGAUAAGUAAAAGUGACUAACUAGCGAGAACAAAUACAUUUGAUGGCAGAUAUUACAAAUGUCACAUUUACAUUUACCGGUAAUUUCAUUUCAAGUUCUUCCAAUUCUACCUCUUAAUAUCAAUAUCUUUGGAACAGGCGCAGUAAGACCUGAGCUGUGUUCGAAUACUCAUACUAACCGCACUAACCAUACUAUUUGUGACGUAAAUGGAGUAUGUAGUAUGCUUAUUGGUCAUAGUAUGGAUAUAUUUAGCAUGCCAAAAGUUCCCUGAUGUUGUACUACAUUAGCCAAAAUACAAAGUAAACAAGCAGUGGACACUAUUUCCGUGCUUUUGGGGCCCAUAAUGCAAUUCUUCAGAGAAUGGGCGUGGCUUCACAGCAUUUUCAGAUUUUAAGAAAAUUGCAGAAAAUAUGUAGCUGAAGUCCGACGAGAGUGGAUACAAAUUCAUUGCUUUAACUUAUUACGACAAAUGUUAAGAAAAUGUUGAGCAAUGUAAUAAUGUAAUGCCUUUUGAAAUAAGUGACGUUACAUGUUAUGUUGGGUGACAAUUUCUUAGGUACGCUAGCCUUACGAACCGCAUAGCAUAUCAUUACAGCAGUUGAUUGUAUGUACUGGUAUGUUAGCUAGCUACCUAACGUUGGUUGGCUACUAAUACAUUGAACUUGCCAGUAUAUUAACUAUAUGUGUCACGGGUGCUGAAGGUGGGUGUGGUGCAGGAAUCAAGCGCAGGACGCAGAAACUAAGUCCAAAAGAUUUUAGUGAAAUAUUCACGUAGUACACGAGCACAACAAGCCCGGAGGCGAAAUAAAGGCGCACACAGGCGUCAAACUAAAGGCGCACUAACAUGUGCGAACACCUCUCCAAAACAACGGAGGGAAACACGUAGCACAGAACACCAAACAGAAGCGUAAUCACACACAACACCUGACACACACAACGAGCACUAAAUAGGACACUAAUGAGCACUAACUAGAAACAGGUGUACAACAUCAAGACAAAACCAAACGAACAUGAAACUUACAACGGUGGCAGCUAGUACUCCGGGGACGACGACCGCCGAAACCUGCCCGAGCAAGGAGGAGGAGCAGCCUCGGCCGAAACCGUGACAGUACACCCCCCUUGAUGCGCGGCUCCAGCUGUGCGCCGACCCCGGCCUCGGGGACGACCAGGAGGACGCGGAGCAGGGCGCGUGGGAUGCCCCCGGUGGAACUCCGACAGGAGAGACGGGUCUAGGAUGUCCCUCUGCGGCACCCAGCACCGCUCCUCCGGGCCGUACCCCUCCCACUCCACGAGAUACUGGAGACCCCCAUCCGGCGUCUUGAGUCCAAGAUGGACCGAACGGUGUACGCCGGAGCCCCCUCGAUGUCCAGUGGGGGCGGAGGAGUCUCUCCUAUCUCACCUUCCUGGAGUGGACCAGCUACCACCGGCCAGAGAAGAGACACAUGGAACGAGGGGUUAAUAUUCUUAUAUUCAAUAGGCAGAUGUAACCUAUAACACAUCUCGUUCAGUCUUCUCAGGACUUUAAAAGGCCCCACAAACCGCCGACCCAGCUUCCGGCAGGGCAGGCGGAGGGGCAGGUUUCUGGUUGAGAGCCAGACUCGAUCUCCAGGUGCGUACACCGGCCCCUCACUGUGGUGGAGAUCGGCACUCGCCUUGUGUCGACGGAUGGCCCGCUGCAGGUGGACGUGUGCAGCGUUCCACGUCUCCUCCGAGCGCCUCAUCCAAUCAUCCACCGCAGGGGCCUCGGUCUGGCUCUGCUGCCAAGGUGCCAGAACCGGCUGGUAACCUAACACACAUUGGAAGGGGGUUAGGUUGGUAGAGGAGUGUCGGAGAGAGUUCUGGGCCAUCUCGGCCCAGGGAAUAUACCGAGCCCACUCCUCAGGCCGGUCCUGGCAAUACGACCUCAGAAACCUACCCACAUCCUGGUUGACUCGUUCUACCUGCCCAUUGCUCUCCGGGUGGUACCCCGAGGUAAGGCUCACCGAGACCCCCAAACGCUCCAUGAACGCUCUCCAGACUCAGGAGGUAAACUGGGGGCCUCGAUCAGACACUAUAUCCUCGGGUACCCCGUAAUGCCGGAAGACGUGGGUAAAUAGUGCCUCUGCGGUCUGUAGGGCAGUAGGAAGACCCGACAUAGGGAGAAGACGACAGGCCUUAGAGAACCGGUCCACAACGACCAGGAUGGUGGUAUUCCCCUGCGAGGGGGGAAGGUCUGUCACAAAAUCCACUGAGAGGUGGGACCAUGGUCGUUGUGGAACGGGCAGGGGUUGUAACUUACCCCUGGGCAGGUGUCUGGGCGCCUUACACUGGGCGCACACCGAGCAGGAGGAGACAUAAACCCUCACAUCCCUGGCUAACGUGGGCCACCAGUAUUUAGUGCUAAGACAAUGCACUGUCCGGCCAAUACCCGGAUGUCCAGAGGAGGAUGACGUGUGAGCCCAGUAAAUGAGUCGAUCCCGAAUCUCGAGCGGAACGUACUUCCGACCCACAGGACACUGUGGAGGGCUAGGGUCGGCACGCAACGCCCGCUCGAUUUCAGCAUCGACCUCCCACACAACCGGUGCCACAAGACAAGACGCCGGUAGUAUGGGAGUAGGCUCAACGGCUCCGUGUCAUACCGCCGGGACAGCGCAUCUGCCUUACCGUUCUGGGACCCAGGGAUGUACGUGAUUUUAAAUAUGAACCUGGCGAGAAACAUACUCCAUCGAGCCUGGCAAGGGUUCAGUCUCCUCGCUGCCCGGAUGUACUCCAGGUUCCGAUGGUCAGUCAAAAUGAGGAAAGGGUGUUGAGCUCCCUCAAGCCAAUGCCUCCACACCUUAAGGGCCUGAACUACAGCUAACAGCUCCCUGUCCCCGACGUCAUAAUUUCGCUCCGCCGGGCUGAGCAUUUAGAAUAAAAAUCACAGGGGCGGAGUUUAGGUGGCGUGCCGGACCGUUGAGAGAAUACGGCCCCUAUACCGGCCUCAGACGCGUCCACCUCGACCUGAAAGGGUAAGGCGGGAUCCGGAUGCGCCAACACCGGAGCCGACGUAAACAGGUCCUUCAGUCUCCCAAAGGCCCUGUCCGCCUCAGCUGACCACUGCAGGCGCACCGGACCCCCUUUCAGAAGGGACGUGAUGGGAGCUGCCACCUGUCCAAAACCCCGGAUAAACCUCCGGUAGUAAUUCGCAAAGCCCAAGAACUGCUGCACCUCUUUGACAGUGGUUGGGGUUUGCCAAUUACGCACGGCUGACACAUGGUCCACUUCCAUUCUCACCCCUGACGCGGACAACCGAUAACCCAAAAAGGAGACCGACUCCUGGAAAAUCAGACAUUUCUCUGCCUUGACAUACAGGUCGUAUUCCAACAGCCUCCUCAAUACAAGACGCACCAGGGCUACAUGCUCGGCUCGGGUAGGCGAGUACACUAGAAUGUCAUCAAUGUACACGACCACCCCUUGCCCCUGCAUAUUCCGGAAAAUCUCAUCCACGAAGGAUUGGAAGACUGAUGGAGCAUUCAUCAACCCGUAUGGCAUGAUGAGAUACUCGAAAUGACCCGAAGUGGUACUAAACGCUGUUUUCCAUUCGUCGCCCUCCCUAAUGCGCACCAAGUUAUACGCGCUCCUGAGAUCCAGUUUUGUGAAAAACCGUGCUCCGUGCAAUGACUCCGUCAUGGUCGCAAUCAGAGGGAGUGGAUAACUGUAUUUCACAGUAAUCUGAUUGAGACCACGGUAAUCAAUGCACGGGCGCAACCCUCCAUCUUUUUUCUUCACAAAAAAAAAGCUUGAGGACGCGGGAGAAGUGGAGGGCCGUAUGUAUCCCUGUCUCAAAGAUUCGGCUAUGUAAGUCUCCAUAGCUUUUCUCUCCUCUUGAGACAAAGGAUACACGUGGCUCCGUGGGAGCGCUGCUCCUGCCUGGAGAUCAAUCGCACAAUCCCCCUGUCUAUGAGGAGGCAACUGUGUCGCCCUAGCUUUACUAAACACGAUAGCCAAAUCCCCAUAUUCAGGCGGAAUGUGCAGUGCGGGCACUUGGUUUGGACUUUCCCCCAAAGGGCCCCCACGGAAAAACCCCAAAAACGCCCCCCACCCCCCCCCUGAAGCUCCGGCCCAACCCCCCCAGACAACCAGGAACCCAGCCCACCGGGACCAGGGCAUCAAAACAAAACCCCAACCCCCCCGCAAAAAAACCCCCGGGGGCCGGAUCCCCCCCCCCCGAAAACGGCCCAAGGAACAAAGGCUUUCACCGCCCCGGGGGAACCCCUAACAAACCCCCCCCCCCCCGGGGGUUUUGGGUUUUUUUUUUUUGGGGGGGGGGUUUUUUUUUUGAUUUUUUUUUGGGUUUUUUUUGGGGGGUUUUUUUUUUUUUUGGGGGUUUUUUUGGGGGGGGGGGGGGGGGAAAAAAAGGGGGGGGGGGGAAAAAACCCCCGGGGUUUUUUUUUUAAAAUUUUUUUUUGGGGGGUAGGUUUUUUCCCCCGGGUAAAAGGGGGGGGGUGGGCCCCUUUUUUUUUUUUUUUUUUCCCCUUUUUUUUUUUUUUUUUUUUCACCCAGACAUCGCCCCUCACACUGAGCAGACCACCCAUUGAGAGCUCUCCGUUGCCACGAAAUGGCAGGGUUAUGGGUACUUAACCAGGGAAUUCCCAGCACCACCGGGUACGCAGGAGAGUCGAUCAGAUAUAGCUGUAUAGUCUCCUCAUGACCCCCCUGCGCACACAUCCUAAGUGGCGCUGUGAUCUCCCUAAUCAACCCCGACCCCAACGGGCGGCUAUCUAAGGCAUGAACGGGAAAAGGCUUGUCAACAGGCAGGAGAGGAAUCCCUAAAUCUAAACAAAACUUCCGAUCAACAAAAUUCCCAGCUGCGCCUGAAUCUACUAGCGCCUUAUGCUGGGAAUGAGGUGCAACCUGUGGAAAACGAACAGGUAUACAAAAGUGCACAACAGAGAGCUCUGGGUAAGUGGGGCGUCUACUCACCUGGGAAGGCUCCCCAGUGCGUGGCCUGUUGUCUCCUCCCUCUGGAAACCCUCCCCAGCACCUGGCCGCAGUGUGCCCUCCACGACCGCAAUUGGUGCAGGGGACAGGCCCCCUCGGGCUCCUCCUCCUCCUUUCUCUAGCGCCAGCACCCCCGAGCUCCAUAGGGCUCGGCUCGGAGGUGCUGGAGGGUGGAAUGGACGGACCCCACUCGGGACGUCCACGGGUGGCCAGCAGGGUGUCCAGACGGAUGGACAUGUCGACCAACUGGUCGAAGGUGAAAUUGGUGUCCCUGCAGGCCAACUCACGUUGAACGUCCUCCCGUAGGCUACAUCGAAAAUGGUCGAUGAGGGCCCGUUCAUUCCACCCUGCGUCUGCCGCUAGAGUCCGGAACUCCAGUGCGAACGCCUGUGCGCUCCUCCUCCCCUGUCUCAGGUAGAAUAGCCGCUCCCCCGCCGCUUUGCCCUCAGGUGGAUGGUCGAACACGGCCUUGAAGCGACGGGAGAACUCCGCGUAGGAGAUGGUGGUGGCAUCCAUCCUCCUCCACUCGGCGUUGGCCCAUUCCAACGCCUUGCCCGUGAGACAGGAGAUGAGGGCGGAAACGCUCUCGUGUCCCGAGGGCACCGGGCGUACAGUGGCCAGGUAGAGCUCCACCUGCAGGAGGAACCCCUGACACCCGGCAGCUGUGCCGUCAUACGCCCUCGGGAGCGAGAGCCGAAUCCCACUGGGUUCCGGACCUGGGACUGGUGGACCGGCCGAUGGGGGUGGCAAGGUAGGUGGAGGUGUGGGUACCCCUCUGGACUCCCAUCGGUGCAGGGUGUUGAUGACAUCCUGUAGAGCGGUCCCCAGUUGUCUGAUCUGGUCAUCCUGGCCGCGGACAUGCUCCUCCAGCGACUCAGUUGUGGUCGUUGCUCCUGCUGAUUCCAUAUAUAUGGUGUGUGAUUCUGUCACGGGUGCUGAAGGUGGGUGUGGUGCAGGAAUCAAGCGCAGGACGCAGAAACUAAGUCCAAAAGAUUUUAGUGAAAUAUUCACGUAGUACACGAGCACAACAAGCCCGGAGGCGAAAUAAAGGUGCACACAGGCGUCAAACUAAAGGCGCACUAACAUGUGCGAACACCUCUCCAAAACAACGGAGGGAAACACGUAGCACAGAACACCAAACAGAAGCGUAAUCACACACAACACCUGACACACACAACGAGAACUAAAUAGGACACUAAGGAGCACUAACUAGAAACAGGUGUACAACAUCAAGACAAAACCAAACGAACAUGAAACAUACAACGGUGGCAGCUAGUACUCCGGGGACGACGACCGCCGAAACCUGCCCGAGCAAGGAGGAGGAGCAGCCUCGGCCGAAACCGUGACAAUAUGCUAUCUAACUAACUUCCCAACGUCUAUUGACUUUAUUAUUCACGUCAUUCUUAGCUUAGCUAAGUGGAAUAGUCGUUGUGCGUUCUCAAUGAACAUUGUUAAUGAAGUCGUAAGAUGUCUAACUAGUCAUUUGUGAUGCUAACAAGCUAGCAAGAACUUGCACAGCAACAGCAUCAACUUCCGGUAGACAGGCAAAGUUCUAGUAUACUCAGCUGUAAGGAUACCGUUCGUUUACAAUAUACUAAAAUGAACUAAUAGUAUGUAGUAUAUACUCAUUAAGUAUGUAGUAUACAGUAUGUUAGUAUGGGUAUUCGAACACAGCACUGGUUUCUUGUUGAAAUUAACUGUCCCCUUCUACUUCCUUCUUUCACGUCAUUAGAUGGAAAUCACAUGACCUACACACAAAGAAGACAAUCACCUUUUCUGUUAUGUUUCUGCUUGUUUUGAUGGUAAUCUUUGCUUUGAUCUUCGGCAUUCCCAAAUCAAAGGUGAGAUAUUUAACAUUUUAAUCAAAUAAAUAAAACAAAAAUAUAUUACAUAUUCAAUUGUCAAUGUUUGCCACUACAGUAGAUCAGUGUUUCCAAACUGUAGAACAGGUUGCCAUAAGUCUAAUCAGUGGAAACGUUUCCAAAAAAUUUCACCGUUACAGGAUGGAGAAACUCAGAAUGGAGGGAUUCAAGAUGGAGGGAUGCAAGAGAUUCUACCUCUAGACAUGGUCCGUUCUUCUGUUGAUGACAAAUAUGAUGGUUGCAGAGGUCUAAUGUUAAUGGAGGUUGAAAACAUGCACCUCUACAAUGAGUUAAACACUAAUCCUCAAUUCAACACAUCCUGGAACAUAGCAAAACCACAUGCUAUACCACAUGGAGACCUUUUGAAAACAGAGCAUUCCACUGCUAUCUAUUUGUACGCAAAAAAUCUACCCAGAUUGAAUUCCAAAUCGAUCUACCUGGACUUUAACAAAGCAGUUCAAGAGGGCAAUUCUGCAUACGUGACAUCAUUCAUGUACCAUGCACUGCAUUUCUACCUGACUGAUGCCAUUCAGAUUCUUAGAGAAAGACAAGGGGCAUGUAAGGAAGCCUUUCACAGAACCAACAAGAAGUUUGAUCUGAGUGUUCUCAACCACGAGAUCCGUUUCGGCACCUUCGCCGCAAGCUCUUUGAGAUCCGACUUAACCAACUUUGGGAAUGUGUCUUGCUUUGAGACCCACACUUGCUUUGGCACUGAGCUAACUUCUUACUCAGCCUUUCCUGAAGAUAAAUAAUUUUCAAUUCCACCAUAUGAGAUUUUUGAAGUCACCAAAAUCCAGACAAAGUCACCAGUGAAUAACCUGUUGUGUAAAGUUGUCUGUACACUAAAGAGCAAAGGAGGAGACAGUGAUCUGAAUUGCAAAUUGAUUUUGAGUGGAGGUGAAUCCACUGCCGAGAUGAAACCAAAGAGAACCAGCCACUAUCAUCACAUACACAUUUGAGUGACAUUGUGGCUGACAUGAUAAAGCUUCUUUCACAUUACACCAUUUUCAAAAUCCUUCAAAUGUCCUUAUGUGCUUGACUCUCAUGCAUAAUGGCUGUACAAAGAAAUGAUAAGUUAGUAAUGGCUUUAAAGCUUGCUUCACAUUACAUGGUUUACAAAAUCCUACAGUUUUAUUACCUUUCACGCUAUGCAAGUCUUGACAGGAUUGCACGGUGUCCUGUCAAGUCUAAUCUGAAAUGAAUUAUACCAGACAUACUGACUCAAGGUCAGUUCUUAAUGGGUUGUAAGAAUACCAAGAGUGAAAAUAAAAUAAAACUGCGAGGGCUCUCAGGCUGAGAGAGAGAGUUGGGUGAGAGAGCACUGAGAAGGGUUAGUCGUUUCCUUUGUCUGUGAAGUAAGGGGCCAUAAGCCUCUCAGAGUAAGAGUGCUGAUUUAGGAUCAGUUUCGCCUUUUAGAUCAUAAUGAAUAAGAUUACAUGGACAGGGGAUCCUAGAUCAGCCCCUGAGCUCCAUACUGCUCAAUCAACCAAUCACAACCAGGAGAGAACAGCAUGAAGUUGAGUGGGAGAGACAAAACAAAGAUGAAUGAUAUAGCUACAGCAUCAAUCCUAAACACGUUUUCAUGCGAGUGAUAUUCUGUCGGUUUUUUAAGUACAUUGUUCAACUGGCAAAACUGGUUUGAGAGACUCAAUGAAGCAUAACCGACACACGUUGAUAACGUGUAAGAACACUUUAGGCCAAAGGUUAAAAGAGAGAAACGACUAUAUGUAGGGUACUGUCUGGUAUGUUGUUCUACCAUAAGAAAAAACACACUGGCCGUGUCCGACUCCCCAAACUAACAAGUAGGCUGAUGGAUAUGCGAAAAGACAACGUUUUAUAGUAUGUGACAUUUCUAAUAUUGAGUAUGCUUUAAAUGCCAGGAUGUCACUGCAUGCUAUUGAGGAAGAGAAUUGUCACUUCAGACCCAGUUGAUAAUCAGCUGACAAUAAGUUAAGUGGAGACUCUGUACCAAGAUUAGAAUAUGUAUUCUCAGUGUGGGUGAGCCUAGUAUGUUAGUAUUUGUGGCUUACUGCAUCCAUUUUAACUAGACUGUACAUUCUAAAUAGCCUCGUAAUAACCAGACAGAUUACCAUGUAGUGAAACAUUAAUGUGAGAGAUCCGGUUGGCUUGCGAGACUACAUUCUAAAUAGUAAGUUGUAUGAUCAGAACUCAGUAGUUUUAGUAAGUAGUAGGUAAGACCGAUGUCGGACACGGUCUAUGGGGUUUGUCUAUGAGGCAGGUUGACAAUAAACAUCAAAUAGCACAACAAUCAAGGAUAUAUUUUAGUCAUUGACCUUUUUUAAAUUGAUCUGAUAAAGGGGUUUUCAUAUUCAUAUGACUGUCUCACACUUAUUUAGGAGUUGGAUUCUGGUGAAACAAACGUUUUAUUUGGUAUUUGGUAUUUUAUUAGGAUCCCCGUUAGCUGUUGCUAUAGCAGCAGCUGCUCUUCCUGGGGUCCACACAAAACAUGAAACAUGACAUAAUACAGAACAUUAAUAGACAAGAACAGCUCAUGGACAGAACUACAUAAAAAAAUGUUUACGGCACACGUAGCCUACAUAUCAAUACAUACACACAAACUAUCUAGGUCAAAUAGGGGAGAGGCGUUGUGCCGUGAGCUGUUGCUUUAUCUGUUUUUUUAAGUAGAGGGUUGAAGAUGAUUGACAGAUGCUUUGGUCUAGGCAGGCUGUAGUGACAUGGAGCAUUCUUCACAUUUACCAGUAGAGGGCAGCAUUUCAAUUAACCAGCUAAAGUAAUGAUUGACCGAGAAAGCUUAGACUAGGGUUAUUCAAAUCCAGUCUCACACAGUAGGGAUCAGUUCAGUGAUUGCUUAAAUUCAACACACCUGGUCUUCCAGGUCGGUUAAAUUUAAAACAAGAAGUUCCUGCGGCGCUCCAGGAACGAGUGCCUAUAGGGCAUGUCUGGUGGUCCCUCUCCUCAGGGACCACCAGACAACCCUCUCCUCAGGGACCACCAGACAACCCUCUCCUCAGGGACCACCAGACAACCCUCUCCUCAGCGACCACCAGACAACCCUCUCCUCAGGGACCACCAGACAACCCUCUCCUCAGGGACCACCAGACAACCCUCUCCUCAGGGACCACCAGACAACCCUCUCCUCAGGGACCACCAGACAGGAACACCUGCAUCAAUUAGUCAAGGGGUUGAUGGUUAGUAGACUGAGUCAGGUGUGUCAGAUUAGGGCUAAAACUAAAAUGUGAAAUGUCUGGUGGUCCCUGAGGAGAGGGUUGGGAAACCCUGGACUGGGGGCCUCAAGCUUCACUGUAGUGCUGUAUUCCUUUAUUCUGGGUGAUUGAUUGAUUCAAGUGGUAUUUUGGCUUUUAGUAUUCAAGGCCUGAAUCAGUCCCUGAUUAGAGGGGAAGGAUGAUGAUGAUGAGUUCAGCAGUGUGUUGAUGAUGUUAGUCAUGUUCUCACAUAGAUCAGUAUGAAAGAAGUGUGAACAAACAACUCUCAGAAGUCACUUGGUGUUUACUGCAUGCAUGUGUGUGUGUGUGUGUGUGUGUGUGUGUGUGUGUGUGUGUGUACGUUUGUAUGUGUGUGUGUGUGUGUGUGUGUGUGUGUGUGUGUGUGUGUGUGUGUGUGUGUGUGUGUGUGUGUGUGUGUGUGUGUGUGUGUGUGUGUGUGUGUGUGUGUGUGUGUGUGUGUGUGUGUGUGUGUGUGUGCGUUUGUUUGUAUGUACAGUACUGGACAAACAUUUGCACACACCUACUCAUUCCAGGGUUUUUCUUAUUUUUACUAUGUUCUACAUUGUAGAAUAAUAGUGAAGACAUCAAAACUAUGAAUUAACACAUAUGGAAUCAUGCAGUAACCAAAAAAGUGUUAAACAAAUCAAAAUAUAUUUUAGAUUUCAGAUUCUUCUAAGUAGCCACCCUUUGACUUGAUGACAACUUUGCACACUCCUGGCAUUUUCUCAACCAGCUUCACCUGGAAUGCUUUUCCUACAGUCUUGAAGGAGUUCCCACAUAUGCUGAGCACUUGUUGGCUGCUUUUCCUUCACUCUGCAGUCCAACUCAUCCCAAACCAUCUCAAUUGGGUUGAUGUCGGGUAAUUGUGGAGGCCAGGUCAUCUGAUGCAGCACUCCAUCACUCUCUUUCUUCGUCAAAUAGCCCUUACACAGCCUGGAGGUGUGUUGGGUCAUUGUCCUGUUUAAAAACAAAUGAUAGUCCCACUAAGCGCAAACAAGAAGGGAUGGCCUCUCGCUGCAGAAUGCUGUGGUAGCCAUGCUGGUUAAGUGAAUUCUAAAUAAAUCACAGACAGUAUCACCAGCAAAGCACCCCCACACCAUCACACCUCCUCCUUCAUGCUUCACGGUGGGAACCACACAUGCUGAGAUCAUCCGUUCACCUAGUCUGCAUCUCACAAAGACACGGCGGUUGGAACCAAAAAUCAAAGAUGGAAAGAAUUUCCACAGAUUAACUUUUAGCAAGGCACACCUGUUAAUUGAAAUGCAUUCCAGGUGACUACCUCAUGAAGCUGGUUGAGAGAAUGCCAAGACUGUGCAAAUCUGUCAUCAAGGCAAAGGGUGGCUAUUUGAAGAAUCUCAAAUAUAAAACAUAUGUUGAUUUGUUUAACACUUUUUUGGUUACUACAUGAUUCCAUACGAGUUAUUUCAUAGUUUUGAUGUCUUCACUAUUAUUCUACAAGAAAUGUGUGGCGUGGUUGAAAAACGAGUUUUAAUGACUCCAACCUAAGUGUAUGUUAACUUCCGACUUCAACUGUAUUUGUAUACAUAUAACAAACCCUAACCUCAACAAAGCAGUUAGAGAAGGAAGAUAUGGGUAUGGAACAUCACUCCAGUACCAUUCCCUGCACUUCUAUCUAACUGACGCCGUUCAGAUUCUCAAACAAAGUCAAACAACAUGUAGGACCACCUACCGUAGAACCAAGGUGUAUUUUGAUUGGAAUGUUCUAAACAAAGAGAUCCGUUUCGGAUUCUUUGCCUCCAGUUCUUUAAAUAAGUCAUUACAUAUUUUUGCAACACGUCCUGCUUUGAGAUCAACACAGGUGUUGGUGCUAACCUGACAUAUUACUCUGCCUAUAUCAAUGAGAGUGAGGUUUUAAUCCCGUCCUAUGAGGUCUUUAGAGUCACUGAUGUCCAGACAAACAUGUGGUGUGAUGUCAUCUAUACACUGAAGAGCACUGGAAUAUCUAAGAGCAACAUGAACUGCAGAUGGGUUUACAAUGGAGCAGAUCCAAACCUGAGAAGCAGCUUUGAUACAUUAAUCAGAGCAUCAGAUACAGGCUACAUAAUGCUCUUUAUUGUGUUGAUAACUACUGUAUAUCACUAAUCAUUCCAUCCAGAAACAAUGAUGCAAUUACUACAAUGAUGAGGAAUCUAAACCACUUUCCAUAUCUUAGUUGUAAUGAUCCUGUUAAGAAAAUCUUGCUUUGCUUGUAAAUGUAUGUUUUUCUUUCUUGACAUUGUCAUUGUUUUAAAAUAUUGAAAUAAAGGAGCCUAUAAAUUUGCCCUGCAGCUUUUGUUGAAAGCAAUAAAGAAAAGCAUUGAGAAUGAUUACAUCUCAUGUCAUCUUUAUACACUGUAGAUCUGUUAUUAACCUAUAGAGCCAGCUCUCUGACCAAGUAUCAGUAGAUCUUUUCAGACAGUCUGCAGACAGGAAACCUGAAGUCUUCUACAAAACUAUAUCGGGCUCCAGUUCUGGUAAAUUCACCACUAAGAUCAUUGUAACUGAAUGAAGAAGAUGAUGGUCACACAUCCUCAAAGAGCCACAAACAUUUUCAGAAAUGUGGUUCUGUUUAAACUAAACACACCUUUUCCUGGACAUUUGCCAAAUAGCAACCAGUGGUCAUCCAUAACUUUGUUGCAACCUGAGUGUCCGUAAUCAUGACUGACCAGUGACCACACAGUGCAGUGGGAGAGUUUGGGGUCAUGAAGUGUAUGUCUGUUAAUAGGACUGUUUAUCUCUGUAGAGAUACCUUAUAAAAGAGGCAGGCAACCCUGGUCCUGGAGUUCCAUAGACACAUGAUGUUUUUGAUUUAACCAACCUGGAAGACCAGGUGUGUUGAACUUAGGCAAUCACUGAACUGAUCAUUUAGCUCAGUUGGUCUGGUGUGGAGCCUAGUUGGGGCAACACCCUGCGGCACUCCAGGAACAGGGUUGCUGACCCCUGCCUUAUAAGGUGGUGGAGUAAUGCAAACCGUUGAGUGUGGAAUGUGAGCUUUCUGACACAAGCUCUAUUGAAUGGCUAUUACACCUAAAAACAAGUCAGUGGCCUUGUGGUUAGAGUGGAUUUGACCCAGCUACCUUUCGGUUACUGUCCCAACGCUCUUACCCACCAGGCUAUCUAACUACAUGCACAAUGAGGUGAACACAGUCUCCCUCCCACGUGAGAAAAAUACAAAUUCAGACUUCAAUAAUGCCCUGAACAAAGCAGGACAAAAGGCCAAACCAUCUAUCCAUGAACUGAAAAAAGAACAUUCCAUGGCUAUAUAUGUGUACACAAAUGAAAAGCCCAAUAUCUACCUGGACUUCAACAGACAAGUUAGAGAUGGUAGAUCUAAUUAUGGGACAACAUCAUUCCAGUACCAUUCCCUGCACUUCUAUCUAACUGAGGCCAUUCAAAUGCUCAAACGAAGUCAAACAACAUGUAUGACCACCUACCGUAGAACCAACGUUUAUUUUGAUCAAAACGUUAUUAACAAAAUUAUCUGUUUCGGCAGCUUCGCCUCGAGCACUCCAGACCUGAAAAUAGGCAGAGAUUCAUUUGGAACGACGUCCUGCUUUGAGAUCUCCACAUGUCUUGGAGCUGACAUAUCAUAUUACUCUGUAGUUACUGGCGAGAGAGAAGUCUUAAUUCCUCCCUAUGAGGUAUUCACAUCCAGACGAAGUCACAAGAGAAUAACUUGUGGUGUGAAGUCGUCUACACACUAGUGAACACUGGAGUUCAGAGUGACUUGAAGUGCAAGUUGCAAAAUGGAGCAAAAUCAAACAUGAGAAGCAGCUUUUCUGCAUUCAACCGCGCAUCAGGAAAAGGCUACAUAACGCUCUAUAUUAUGUUGAUAAUUACUGUAUAUCACUGAUCAUUCCCCCACCAAUGUACAAUUAAGUAAUCUGAAACAAAUGUAUCUUUCCUUCUUUCAGCUGUAAUGAUCCUGUUAAAUACUUCUUAACCCGCAUUGCUUGCUCAGAUUAAGAUCAAGGUUAUUUUUCUUAAUAUUGUGUAGUAAUUUGUUGACAUUGAAUCGAAUUGUAAUUUGUGAUUUGUUGACAUUUGUUAGCAUGUACACUCUGUUUGUUUACAUUCAUCUGUACUGUUGUAAAUGUUACCCACAUUGUUUGCUUGGAUUGUUAACAUUUCUUCUGCCAGUGAAUUGGCAUUUGUUGUCAUGUGCAUUGCAGCUUUUGUUAAAACCAAUAAAGAAAAGCAUUUAGUAUUAUUACAUCUCCUGUCCUAUUUAUCCACAACCUGCACAUCUGUUAUAAAUAUAUUAAUUUCAGCUCACUUGAAGAAAAUUAGUUUGUUCUCAGGUAUAAUUAGAAGUGGCUACAAAGAUAUUUAGAUUUAAACUAAGAUUAAACUAUUUCUAAAUAUUUGUAGAAAUAAAUUAAACUAAUGGCUUCGAAAUAAACUUGAUGCAGCAAUUCGACCAUGAAGGCCUGAUUCACACAGUCUCCUCUGAACAGUUGAUGUUGAGAUGUGUCUGUUACUUGAACUCUGUGAAGCAUUUAUUUGGGCUGCAAUUUCUGAAGCUGUUAACUCUAAUGAACUUAUCCUCUGCAAAAGAGGUAACUCUUGGUCUUCCAUUCCUGUGGCGGUCCUCAUGAGAGCCAGUUUCAUCAUAGCGCUUGAGGGUUUUUGCGACUGCACUUGAAGAAACUUUCAAAGUUCUUGAAAUGUUUUGUAUUGAAUGACCAUGUCUUAAAGUAAUGAUGGACUAUGUGUUAUUUGAUAGUUUUGAUGGCUUCACUAUUAUUCUACAAUGUAGAAAAUAGUAAAAAUAAAGAAAAACCCUUGAAUGAGUAGGUGUUCUAAAACUUUUGACCGGAAGUGUCUAUAUAUUUUUACACAUAUUGCUACAGUUAUUGUUAUUUAUGGUGGUAAUACAUUUUGUUGUUGUAAUUUAAUAGUGGGAGGUUGACAUUUUUGAGGAGACAGGGAGGUCAUGUAAAAUAUUUUUAUGGGGGGAGAGGGGUGAUUAUUAUUUCUUUUUUGACACCUCGAGUUAGAAACGCAAAACAGUCUGGGACUCAGGCAGGAAAGAACUAACGCAUUCUGAGGUUAUGAGUGAAGUCACCCUGAUACUGAUGGGGACUGGAUCAUUCCAUAUUCCAAGUGAUAAUUUUUAUUAAAUAUUUUAAAAUGGACAAUUAAGUUUUUCUAUUUUAUUACUGCCCCUAUUCUAUUAAAAUUAGGAUACUUGGUUCUUGCGACAAUUUUUUUAAAAAGCUGGGGUUAAAGUUUACACAUAGGGAGGAGGGAGGAGGAGGGAGGGAGGGAGAAAGGGAGGGAGGGAGGAGGGAGGAGAGAGGAGGGAGGAGGGGGUAGGGAGGGAGGGGGGUGAGGGGGGAGGAGAGGGGAGAGGGAGGGGCAAAGGGAGGGAGGGAGGGAGGGAGGGAGGGGAGGGAGGGAGGGAGGGAGGGAGGAGGGAGGGAGGAGGGAGGGAGGGAGGGAGAGCAGUAGCAGGGUUAGUAGUUUCCUGUGUCUGUGAGGUCAGAGGGAGAUGGGAGGGAGGGAGAGCAGGAGCAGGGUUAGUAGUUUCCUGUGUCUGUGAGGUCAGAGGGAGAUGGGAGGGAGGGAGAGCAGGAGCAGGGUUAGUAGUUUCCUGUGUCUGUGAGGUCAGAGCUCAGCACUGCAAAGUCUAUUAACCACAACGAGGAGAGAACGGUCUCGUUCAAGGCAGACUAUAUUGCAGUCAGGCUGCACACAGCAACCAAUGGGCAUUAGAUUACUAUACCACAUGAUUUGGUUAACUGAUAUGUUAAACACCAAUCCAGGCGUUGUGAGAUCCGGCAGGCGACGUCAAUGUAGUCAGCCUGGAACGUUGCCAAUGUCAUGAGUGGGGUUGGAGGAGAGAGGAAUGGGACUUGGUAAUGAAGGAAGCGUUCAGCAGCCAUAGUGUUGACUAGCAGAGACAACAGAGGCAACAUGGUGGCAGUGAACUGUCAUAACAUCUACUGUCUAUCCACUGGUUACUUUGACACUAACUGUUGCUUUGACACUACUAUUAAACCCAAUAUCUCUAAGACAUGGAAAUGAUCAUGAAUACCUUAAGAUUAUAACUUCCCUGCCUGGGCUGAUGAGACAGUGGAUUGCGCAGUCAGACGUAACAGAGUAAAGAGUCAUUUUAACGUCAUAGAUUUAGCUGGUGGUAACUUGUGGAAUAGACACCGGCUGGAAUGCGCUUUUAACCAAUCAGCAUUCAGGAUUAUACCCAGCCGUUGUAUAAACAUAUAUAACUGUUAGAUUAGGUGCUACCUAAACAGUGGCUGAACUCCAUCAUAAACUCCACAGUCAGUGGCCCUAUGUUACCAAAACCAAUAUGGCCCAUAGGCUCAAUCUGAUUUCUGUAAACAAAUCACUAUCAUGUCCCUUUGUAAAACAAAAAGCACUAUCCCACAGUCUCAAUCUGUAUCAAAAAACCUUAAACCUCCGUCCUUCCACCAGUAUAAAAAAUGGUAACCAACCACAUAUUAGAACUGGGGCAAAUAUAUGGACACUCCUACAACAAAAACAGUCGGGCCUUCUCACUUUCUUUGGGGGGGCAUACCAAGCAAGGAAUUGGAACAACUAACAUAAUCACCCUUUCAAGCACCCGUCUCAACAAUGCCCCCACGUUGGGGAAUGUAAAGGAUGAAAAACUGAUCAACCUACAAACCACCCCUUUUUAAAAAACAUUCCUCAAACAGGGGCUAACCAAGGAAGGGUUUCCCCCCACGUAAUAAAACCACCAUUUUACCCCCCCCCUUUGCACAUAUCAGUCAUAACAAAAUAAAGGUCCAAACGGGGGGACUAAAAACCAAAAGCGUUUAGGGAAAGCCAAACAUAACUGAC